AUGGAUCUAUCUAAGAAACUAAGUAUAAAAGAUAUUGUAUCUGAGUUAAGAGAUAAAAGGAUUUUUAUUAGAGUGGAUUUUAAUGUCCCGAUUAAAAAUGGAGUUGUAUCUGAUAAAACCAGAAUUGUUGCAUCUAUUCCAACUAUUAAAUUUGCAUUAAAUCAUGGAGCAAAAUCUGUUGUAUUAGCCUCUCAUUUAGGACGUCCAGAUGGUCAAAGAAAAGAGGCCUUUUCUCUCAAACCAUUGUCCCCCAUUUUGGAAGAACUUCUAGGGUGUAAAGUUGAGUUUUUAAGUGAUUGUGUUGGACCAGAAGUAGAGGCAGCUUGUGCAAAUCCUAAACAAGGAAGUGUAAUACUACUAGAAAAUCUACGUUUUCAUAUUGAAGAAGAAGGAAAAGGUGUAAACUCUCAGGGAGAAAAAAUAAAAGCUACAGCUGAACAAGUAGAAAAAUUUAGAGCUUCAUUAAGUAAACUAGGUGAUAUAUAUGUUAAUGAUGCAUUUGGUACUGCUCACAGGGCUCAUAGCUCAAUGGUUGGAGUUAACUUACCUCAUAAAGUAGCUGGUUUAUUAUUACAAAAAGAAUUAGAAUACUUUGGAAAAGCAUUAGAAAAUCCAAAUCGUCCAUUUUUGGCAAUCUUAGGUGGUGCGAAAGUUUCUGAUAAGAUUCAAUUGAUUAAAAACUUGUUAUCUAAAGUUAAUAUGAUGAUUAUUGCUGGUGGUAUGGCUUUUACUUUUAAAAAAGUUAUUGAUGAGAUGCAAAUUGGUGAAUCUCUUUAUGAUGAGGAAGGAGCCAAAAUUGUUAAAGAUAUUAUUGAAACAGCAGCUAUAAGAAAGGUUCAAAUCAUAUUACCUCAAGAUUUUGUGAUAGCUGAUUCAUUUUCAGCAGAUGCUAGUGCAAGGGUAGUUAAAGACUCAGAAGGAAUACCUGAAGGUUGGAGAGGAUUAGAUAUUGGGCCUGAAACUUCAAAUAUCUGUAAAGAAGCAAUUUUAUCAGCUAAAACAAUUGUUGCAAAUGGACCCCCAGGUGUAUUUGAGAUGGACAAAUUUUCAAAGGGUUCUAGAUCUCUUGUUGAGGCUUUAGUUGCAGCUACACAGGCUGGAUCUAUUACUAUUGUUGGUGGUGGUGAUACAGCUUCUCUUGUAGAAAAGUGUGGUACCUCAUCAAAAGUAUCACAUGUAUCUACAGGUGGUGGAGCAUCCUUAGAACUUCUUGAGGGUAAGCUACUACCUGGUGUUGUAGCUUUAUCUAAUAAGGAGUAA